GCAUCUCAACAUCAAUUUUAAAUGCAAAAAUCUGAAAUCCCUAAACUUUAUAUAUACAAAUUUAAUAAAAAUAACACUUCAAUUAGCCUAAAUAUCUCAAUCUUAAAAUAAUUGAAAGAAAUAACUUAUAUAUAGAAAAAACACCAAUUACCUUUAGUAGUGGGUAUGUUAAUGCCACACAGGCUAGAUUUGGUUCUAAAAUCUAUAAAGAGAAGGAAGGAUUAGUUAUUGUAAACCCAAAAACCAUGGCAAAAUUCUCCAAAUUCUUGGUGAAGAAAUUGGCCGUCCAAGGAGAAAUGAAGGGCAAUGAGGGGCAACGAGGGGCAACGAGGAGCAAGGCAACAACAUUCUCUGGCUAGAGUGGUGAGGUAGAGGUGAUGAAGGUUGGAUUUUGGAUUUACAGGGAUCUAUAAAAAGGAAAAAUGAGCUUCUAUAGAUCCAAAUCUAAAUUUGAAUAAAUAACUUUAUAUAUAGAAAAUCCAUAUAAAUAUCAUUUUAGUUC